CAGGCCGCAGCAACAGCAAGAGGCUUCUCGGGUGUUCGAUAUCGUACUGUAGCUGGGGUCCCCGGCCAGAUCGGUACCUUGAGAACUAGCGUAGCCGGCUGUAUUUUAUGGUCAAGGACCAAGGCUUCGACAAAAUGGGUGUGACAGUUGAAACAAUAUCUCCAGGAGAUGGAAGGACCUUUCCAAAGAAGGGACAGACGUGUGUCGUUCAUUACAUAGGGAUGCUUCAGAACGGUAAGAAGUUCGACUCCUCCCGAGACAGAAACAAGCCCUUCAAGUUCAAGAUCGGACGGCAGGAGGUUAUCAAGGGCUGGGAGGAAGGCGUGGCCCAGAUGAGCCUCGGCCAGCGAGCAAAGAUCACCUGCACCCCAGACAUGGCGUACGGCGCCACAGGUCACCCCGGCGUCAUCCCCCCCAACGCCACCCUCAUCUUUGACGUGGAGCUCCUCAAGCUCGAGUGAGCUUCUCCCUCACCGUCUUGUCUUGUUUGUUUUGUUUUGUUUCUCUUGCUUUUUUCCACUUGUUCGUUACUGCCAUUGCAGGGCCAAGGUUGUGGGGGUGAGGGGGGAGGUGGGUAGAGGACAAACAACUUAAGCCCCCAACCAGCCAACACCCCCUAGCCCCUCACCCCUAUCCCAUCCUCACUCCCGCCCCUUCCCAAAAAACAAACAAACAAACACAGAAGCAAAACUAUGUACAAAUCCUCUUCGUUGAUUUGUAGCCUUUUAAAAAUUAGGACACUGCUUUCAUUGCCAACAUCGUCAUAUACUAGGUGCUGCCUAAAUUUUUUACACACCUCAACUGUAGUUUGGCUUCUUUUAUUUAUAAUGUGUUUGGCAAAAAAAAAUCAAUGUUUUUUUUUUCUUUUUCAUGUAUUUGGUUGUGUUUUUUUAAAUUAUAUGCAAAUGAUGCUAACCAGAAGAAUUCUCACCAUGAUCUAUUAAAAACAUCUGUGUACCAUUGCCUUACUAUAUUUGAAGUGAAUGUAGGGUAUGACGCUACAAAACAAUAUUCUGUUUUAUAGGGGGCAUUAACCACCACUCUUUGCAUUGCCACUUUUGAUAAACACUAUGUCCUGCUGAAAGAGUUCCGAUAAUAUUGCUAUCGUUAUCUAUAUAAUGUAUUUUAUAUAUUUAAAUAUAUAUAUAUAUAUCCCACAUCAUACUCCAUAAGUUGCAUACUGAGUUCAUGCCAGGAAGAAAUCCUUUACUGUAAACAUGGACAGUUUUUGGCUAAACGAUGGUUUAUUGAUCAACUCUUAAUAAAGAAAGAUUCUUGGAACUUUGAAA